AUGCACCCUUCAACAAUCCAAAACAAGAGCACCACGGCGGGCAUGACAACGGCACAGGCGAAAAAGGCGGUGGCCGCAAUCUCGACCACGCCGGUGUACGACCUCGGCGAGACACUCGGCUCGCCCGCCUUCCUGGACCAGGCUUAUGCGUUGAAUCUGGGAGACCGUGUUGAUGGCUGGGAUAAGCCAGAAAUACAAGCCGUCAUCGCCGCCCGAAGACCACCGCCGCCGGACGGCGGCGGCCCCUCGGGUGGUGGCGGGCCUGGCGCAUCGUCGAAGCCACCACCAUCGAAUGGCGGUUCCCGCUCAUCUUCGACGGCACCCAAGAGUGGUGGCAACAAACCUCCCGCGGGGCCCAGUAGCAUUUCUGGAAGCCUCCCGUUGCGGCCGGCUUCUCCUCCAAAGCCCAAGGAAGGGGCGCCCGACCGCGACAACCGCAGCAGGCCAACGACAAGGUUAUCGGCUGCGAAGGUCAAGGCCGACGCCAACACUAAGGCCAAUGUCGGGCCAGGCCACCGGCCUGGUAGCGGCACUCCCCCAACGCCACCAGAUCUAGGGCUGCCCAGGAUCGGUGAGUUCCUGGUCAUGCACCGGUUCGGACCGUGGAAAACAAACGACAUGUCCAACAUGAAAGUCUUCAUUCGUCGGCUGCUGGGUUUGAUGCCGGAGUUGAAGAACCCUUAG